ACAUAUAAAUCAAUACAUAGCAAAGUGCAAAAGCACUCUUCAAUUGCAUAGAAGCUCCCAAUUUUAUUUUGGAUUAAACAUAGUUCUCUUUCUAUAUCCUAUAGCUACACAGCCUUCCGAAUCUCUGAUUAUACCCUUCUCUGUGUCUUGCAACAAAUUGAGAAAAAAAUUAGACAUGGUCGAAGAAAAGCGAGUUUAUGAACGAACACUAGAGGAAACACCAACAUGGGCUGUUGCAGUCGUGUGUUUUGUGUUGCUUGCUAUUUCAAUCCUCUUAGAACAUAUUAUUCAUGCGAUCGGAAAGUGGUUCAAAAGGAAAAACAAGAAUGCUCUUUUUGAAGCGUUGGAAAAGGUUAAAGGAGAGCUUAUGGUGCUAGGAUUCAUAUCCUUGAUGCUAACUGUGUUGCAAGAUCCAAUUUCGAAGAUCUGUGUGUCCCCAAAGGUUGCAUCUAGUUGGCAUCCUUGUGCCAACCCAAAACCAUUUGGUACAACUGAGGAUAAAUCUGGUGAGGAUGAAUCUGGUGAUGAUGACGUUGAGAUCAAUUCUAGGAAACUCCUCCAAUAUUAUUAUGAAACCAUACCAAGGCGUGUUCUGGCUACAAAAGGAUAUGACAAAUGCUUUGCAAAGGGAAAAGUGGCUUUUGUUUCAGCAUAUGGGAUUCACCAGCUCCAUAUGUUUAUCUUUGUGCUAGCUAUUUUCCAUAUCUUACAAUGCAUUGUGACACUGACUUUGGGAAGAACCAAGAUGAGAAAAUGGAGGGCAUGGGAAAAUGAAACGAAAACCAUUGAAUAUCAAUUUUAUAAUGAUCCUGAGAGGUUCAGGUUUGCAAGGGAUACGACAUUUGGAAGAAGGCACUUGAACUCUUGGAGUCAGUCAGCAUUUUCCUUGGCUAUAGUUAGUUUCUUUCGACAAUUCAUUGGAUCUGUCAAUAAAGUUGACUAUUUAACAUUACGCCAUGGAUUUAUCACUGCGCAUCUGGCACCAGGAAGUGAUGCAAGAUUUGAUUUUCAGAAGUAUAUCCAGAGAUCACUUGAGGAAGAUUUUAAAGUUGUAGUGGGAAUAAGCCCAAUCAUAUGGUUCUUUGCGGUGCUAUUCCUGUUGACUAAUACUCAUGGGUGGUACUCUUAUUAUUGGCUUCCAUUUAUGCCAUUAAUUAUAAUCUUAUUAGUUGGUGCUAAGCUACAAAUGAUCAUAACAAAGAUGGGACUGAGGAUUGCAGACAGAGGGGAAGUUGUGAAAGGUGCACCUGUGGUUGAGCCAGGAGAUGACCUGUUCUGGUUUAACCGUCCACGCCUCCUCCUCUUCUUGAUUCAUCUUGUGCUCUUUCAGAAUGCUUUUCAACUGGCAUUCUUUUCUUGGAGUACUUAUGAAUUCUCCAUAGACUCUUGCUUCCAUGAAACAACUGUAGAUAUUGUCAUAAGACUUGCAAUGGGGAUUAUCAUACAAGUUUUAUGCAGCUAUGUGACUUUGCCUCUGUAUGCUCUAGUGACACAGAUGGGUUCAACCAUGAAGCCUACAAUUUUCAAUCAGAGAGUAGCAUCAGCACUGAAGAACUGGCACAACACUGCCAAAAAGCAAAUAAAAAACAGUAAGCAAACCACACCAUUCUCAAGCAGGACAUCAACUCCAACACAUGGUAUGUCUCCUAUUCAUCUGCUACAGAGACACCUUGCUGGUAGAAGUGACAGUGCACAAACAUCUCCAAGGGCAUCCAACUAUGAAAAUGAACAAUGGGAUCUUGAAGGCUCACCUUCCCCAAGCAACCAUGCAGUAGCAUCUAAUGAGACCCAGAUGCAAGUUUUUGAACCAGGCACAACUUCAGAAUUGCCUGUCAGCUCUCAACUUGAAAUCAGAGUUAGCUCCUCAGAAUUUUCCUUUGAGAAGAGACAUCAUGAGGGAGGUGAUUAGAUAUGCACAUUGUUUUUGGUUAACCAGAUUCUUCAAUGUACAGCUUCUGUACAUAUCAAAGUUCAAAUGCAUGUUUUUGCAUGGAUUUGAAGAAUGAGGCACAAUAUCUUGUUGAAGGAGAACGAUUUGUUAAAUGAUGAGUGACACUUAGUUGAAGGCGUAAUUUGUCGUUGAAACUUCAUGAUGUGUCUAUAUGAAAGUGUUCAACAAAACAUGUAUCCCUUCCAAAUGACCACUACUACAUUUUAAUUUUUUAACAAUAUUUUUGUUCUUA